UGGCGCAGAAGCUCAUGAUGUCUUCUUUUUCGAUUUGGCAAUUGCAGGGAAGCUCUCUCGUGGCCAUUAGCAUUGUGCAGCCAUGGCGGUCGGCAAGAAUAAACGUAUCUCGAAGGGAAAGAAGGGAGGCAAGAAGAAAAUUGUCGAUCCUUUCUCGAAGAAGGAUUGGUAUGACAUCAAGGCCCCCAACACCUUCACGCAGAAGUCGCUGGGGAAGACCCUGGUGACCAGGACCGCGGGUACCAAGAUUGCGUCCGAUGGGUUGAAGGGGCGCGUGUUCGAGGUGUCGCUGGCGGACUUGCAGAACGACGAGGACCAGGCUUUCCGGAAGAUCAAGCUGAGGGCGGAGGACGUGCAGGGGAAGAAUGUGCUGACGAACUUCUGGGGCAUGGACCUGACGACGGACAAGCUGCGGUCGCUGGUGCGGAAGUGGCAGAGUCUGAUCGAGUCACACGUGGAUGUGAAGACGACAGACAACUACAUGCUUCGGAUAUUCUGCAUUGCAUUCACGAAGAAGAGGCCGAACCAGAUCAAGAAGACAUGUUAUGCACAGAGCAGCCAAAUUCGUCAGAUCAGGCGGAAGAUGAGGGAGAUAAUGACGCGGGAAGCGCAGAGUUGUGACCUGAAGGAGCUGGUGGCGAAGUUCAUCCCGGAGGUGAUCGGGAAGGAGAUCGAGAAGGCAACGCAGGGGAUCUACCCGCUGCAGAACACGUUCAUCAGGAAGGUGAAGAUAUUGAAGGCUCCGAAGUUCGACCUCAUGAAGUUGAUGGAAGUUCAUGGAGACUACAGCGAAGAGGUCGGUGCAAAGAUUGAGAGGCCAGUUGGAGACGAACCGGCUGCUGAGGCUGUUCCUGGUGCAUAGUUUGGGCACUAGUCAUCGCGAAUGUAGCUUUGUUAUCAACUCCGACGAGGUGUUAACUGAGUCUGUUCAUUAUUUGGAGUUAAUAUUGACCAAGCUGCUUAAUGUCUUAAUUCGUGAAACAUUGUCAACAUUCUUGAUUGAUUUCUCAA